AAAUAAGUGUGCAGUUUAGAUGUACCUUAAUUCCCAAUGGCGGAAGGAGCCAAAACUCUUGUAAGUAGCAUUUGCUGAGUAUCAAAUUUUGGCUCUAUGAUCAUCAGACUUUUAGCCUCACAACAGCUCUAUGAAAUAGGGAGGCAUUUCCAUUUGUGUUUUAAAGACUAGAAAACGGAAGGUUAGGGAUGUGUGAUUUUCCCAAAGUCUCACAAGUCUGUAGCAGAUGUGAGAGCAAAUAUUAAAUGUCCUGUCUCAGUCCUAUAUUCCAGCCACCAGAGUAUUUUUCCUUUCUCUUUCUGAUUCUGAGCAUGGAAGAGUAGAGUCUAUUUAAAACGUCAAGUAAAAAAGAUAAAAGAGUAUGAACCAUGAUUUCAAGUGUGACUUAUUUGUUAUCCUGCUCACUUUUUUCAUGUUGGGUGAAACUAGAACUCUUGUUGGAAAUUUUGUGAGGAAAAACCCAGUAUAAUGAAGAUUCAUAAGAUCUGAUUUUAAGGCCAACAAAGUUCAGAUAAAUUCUAGAUAAGCAUUUUUAGAUGUUUAUCCACUCAACAUUAAACUGUUGAACCCUUUGAUGAUUCACUUUUCACAAAUCACCACCUCAUCUUCACACAAAAAACCAGAUCUACAAGAAAAAGAGUGAACUUUAAACAUAUUUAAAUGAGAUGCUUUAAAGUAAGACUCUGUUCUCCUUACCUUCUAUAUAUGAACUUGUAAUCAUUUUCUUACUCUAUAUCCUUUUUAUCCUCUGGUUUACAUGCCUAAAGGCUACAUUGGAAGGCUGUCACAAGCACACUCAGAAGGCCCAAGAAAAGUACAGUUUAGCAUAUUCAAGUGAGAAUUAGCGGCAAGGCUCACUGUCAUCAGUUUAUCACAGACAGAUGAUAUUACAGUGCAAGAACAGCCUGGCUUUUAAAUGAUGGGCUUAAAAAGGCAAACUAAAUACCAGUCAUCUGCUGUGCUUUGCAACAUCAGUGCCAUAAAUAGGCGCAUUUGCUUGCUUGGUUGGCUGGUUUUAAAUUUAUGAUAAAGUAUAUAAAAUUAAUGACAUGUGCUUACACUUAAGUGUUAAAAGCCAGUUCCCUGCUGGUGUGCUAAUGCUGGUAUACUUCAUAGCCACUGCUCUACAACCAGAACCUAUGCAACCUUUCAUUCAUGCAAUCAAACUCAGGCAAUUUAUCUGUUGAAGAGUUUAUUAUUCAUAUAAAAUAACUUUUUUAUAUUAUUACCAGACUUGGAAGAGAUUAGUGUGAUUAUGUAAAAUCCCUGAUUUGUGUUGGUGUCUGUCCUAUCUUGCAGUAUAUUCUGUGCUCACUAAGUGGGAGGGUCACACUGUCUGAGACUAAUAAGGACAGAGCUGCAUCCUACUCUUUGGAGACUGGCUCCAGCAACUCCUCAGCACUACAGCAGCUUUGUGCAGACAUUUACUGUGCUUCUGGAGGACUUAGUAAGUAAAAAUUAAAGAUUUGUGGCCAUUUGUUCACAUGUGUCCGUGGGGAGAUGAAGAACAUUGGACUCUCCAUAAUUUGGCUUUGGAUGACAAUUCUCUUCCUCCUUCCUGUUUCAAUUUCUAUGGCAGCCACUAACAAGACAGUUGCAGUGUGCCCUAUAAUGAGAUCAGAUGAACAUCAUCUUCGACAAAUCUACAAAAAUAAUCUUGAUGUUUCAGGUUUUGAUCUAGCAGACAGUUUUUCUCUGAGACGGGCAUCUUGUGGAGAUGAGAAAACUUGUUUUAAACUGGGAAGCACACCUCUUAUAAGAAACACUCGGCAAAUAUUUCCAAAUGGGCUUCCUGAAGAAUAUUCUUUAAUAGCCACAUUCCGUGUAAGACGCAGCACCAGAAAGGAGCGGUGGCAUAUAUGGCAAAUUUUAAAUCAGUAUGACAUCCCACAGGUGUCUGUCAUAGUUGAUGGUUCAAAAAAAGUUGUGGAAUAUAUAGCAAAAUCUACUCAGGGAAAUGUGCUAUACCACACCUUUAAAAAUCGUGAAAUUUAUCCUCUCUUCGAUCGGCAGUGGCAUAAGCUUGCCAUUAGUAUACAGUCAAGGAUUGUUACCCUCUAUGUGGAUUGCAAUGUGAUCGAGAGAUGGCAGACUGUUGAAAAGGACUCCAUUGAGUUUCAAGGAAGAACUUUCAUUGCUGCUCGAGCUGCAGAUUACAAGCCUGUAGAUAUUGAACUUGGUCGCCUAACAAUUUAUUGUAACCCAAAAUCUGCAGCUCAAGAGACCUGUUGUGAAAUAUCUGAGGUCAUGUGCCCUCUGGAGGACAGGUUCAUUACUACUACUUCAUCACCCGUGACUGUUCAUGUCAGCAAAAUACAUGCUCUUCCAGUAACACAGCAUGAGUCUAAAGACCAUUGCCUCUGCCUUCCAAACAAAGGUGAAGCAGGAUUGCCAGGAGUAGCUGGUUUGCCAGGUCAGAAAGGCGAUAAAGGAGAAAAGGGUGAAGAGGGAGUUAAAGGAGAAGAUGGUGCUUCCGGGCUUCCUGGAGAAAAGGGAGAAGAUGGCUUGGUAGGUGUUCCUGGCCUUCCUGGUUCCAAGGGAGAGCGUGGCUUUGAGGGUAAAAAAGGAGCUGAAGGUGAAAAGGGUGAAAAAGGAGAUAAAGGAGAAUCAGGACCAGAAGGCAUUCAUGGAAAAGAUGGCUUAAAAGGUGAUCCUGGUGAACCUGGUCUGGCUGGUCCUAAGGGAGAAAAGGGAGAUGAAGGGCCUCCAGGACAAGCUGCCUUAAGGGGUUUGCCAGGGCUAGAUGGUCCUCCAGGUCCACCGGGAAAAGAAGGUCAGAGGGGAAGGCGAGGUAAACCAGGACUCCCCGGUAAACCAGGAUCACCAGGACCUCCGGGUCCUCCUGGGUUACCUGGAUUUCAAGAUUUCUUAAACAGGCAUCCUAACCAGGGUGAUGCAGGACAACUACAGUUACCUGAGGCUGCCGGACAUAAAGGACAAAAGGGAGAAACCGGUCAGCAAGGAGAAAUGGGCUUAGCUGGUGCAAAAGGUGAAAAGGGAGAAUCUUCUGAAAAAGGAGAAAAGGGGGAUCCAGGGGAAAUUGGAAUGAAAGGAUCACAAGGAAUUAAGGGUGAAAAAGGAGAUCUUGGUCCUCCUGGACUCACUGGAAAUCCAGGACCAGAGGGACUGCAAGGGCCUCCAGGACCACUUGGACCCAGAGGACAGCCAGGAGAAGUUGGUUUACCAGGAGAGCCUGGAAUACCAGGAAAACCAGGAAUUAAAGGAGAAAAGGGUGAUUAUGGAGGAAUUAUAGGGCCUCCUGGACAUCCAGGUCCAAAAGGUGAGAUAGGACCCCCUGGACCAAGUCUGCCUGGGAAACCAGGUCCAGCUGGCACUCCUGGGACCCCGGGUCCAAGAGGGCCUAAGGGUGAAAGAGGAUUUCCUGGCCUACAAGGGUCUCCUGGAGAGAUAGGGCCACUCGGAAUAGGAAUUCAAGGACCCCCUGGUCCUAAAGGUCCAUUUGGGGAACCAGGUCCCCAGGGGCCUAGAGGACCUCCUGGAUUACCUGGAACUCCAGGUACCCCAGGUGUUGAUGGUGCUCCAGGAGUAGAUGGGAAGCCAGGACUUCCAGGCCCUCCAGGUGACCCAAUUGCACUUCCACUUUUGGGAGACAUGGGUGCUUCAUUGAAGGGUGAUACCGGACCAAAAGGUCCUCCAGGAAUCCCUGGUAGAGAGGGGCCAAAGGGAAGUAAAGGUGAACGUGGAUUUCCUGGACUUUCUGGAGAGAAAGGUGAUGAGGGUCUUCAAGGUAUUCCAGGACUCCCUGGUCUAACUGGGCCUAGUGGGCCUUCUGGAGCAAUAGGAAGACCCGGACAUCCCGGUCCAGUUGGGGCAAAAGGUGAAAAGGGUAAUGAGGGUUCUCUUGGAAAGCCUGGACCACCUGGACCUCCUGGUAUGUCUUACAAUGAAAGGAAUGGAAUGAGCAGCUUAUAUAAGCUACAGGGAGGUGUAAGUGUUGCUAGUUAUCCUGGCCCACCGGGCCCUCCUGGUCCAAAAGGUGAUCCUGGCACUAUGGGAGAACCAGGUCCAAUGGGACUUCCUGGACUCGAGGGAGUCCGAGGAGAAAAGGGAGAUCAGGGACCUUCCGGUUCACCAGGAGCCCCAGGGUUACCCGGAAAAACUGGAUCUCCAGGGCCCCCGGGAAUGCCAGGAGAACCAGGUGAAAGAGGCCCCGUAGGAGACAUCGGCUUUCCUGGGCCAGACGGGCAAACUGGAAUGCCAGGAAUAAAUGGAAAAGAUGGAUUACCAGGACCUCAGGGUCUGAUGGGAAAAGCAGGUGACAGAGGUCCCAAAGGAGAACGUGGAGAUCAAGGUAUUCCAGGGGACAAAGGUCCGCAAGGUGAAAGAGGAAAGCCUGGCCCUCCAGGAGAAAAGGGGGUCAUAGGGCAUGCUGGACCACCAGGAGACAGAGGCUACCCAGGAUCACCAGGUCAACAGGGUUCCCCAGGUCCUCCAGGUCUUCAGGCUGACCCAGAUACAUUUGAAGAAAUAAAAAAAUAUAUCCGACAAGAGGUUCUUAGGGUUUUUGAAGAGAGGAUGACUCAGUUUAUAUCCCAACUGAAGCUGCCAGCUGCAAUGUUAGCCUCCCAUGGUCAUGGAAAACCAGGUCCACCAGGAAAAGAUGGAUUGCCAGGCCCACCAGGAGAACCUGGACCUCAAGGUUACAGAGGACAGAAAGGAGAAAGAGGUGAGCCUGGAAUUGGACUCCCAGGUAAUCCUGGUCUACCUGGCCCUUCAGCCACUGGUGUGCCAGGUCCUCCAGGCACUCCAGGAUCACCAGGUCUCCAGGGGCCUCCAGGGCCGAGUGGAAGGUGCAAUCCAGCAGAUUGUUACUAUCAUGUAUCUCAGGCUCGACAGCGUGCCAGUGGGAAAUAAACAUCCCUCCAGAGACACACUUUGGUUCAUGUUUAAACCUUAUUUCCCUUUAUGAAUCCAUUAAUCUUCAUAAUACUUAGUGUAUUUUUGUCUAUAUAUAUAUAUAUAUAUAGACUGUACAAUGUAUAGACAUUUUAUAGAGCAUUUAGACUGUGUCUUUUACUACAGUAAUUGCCUUGUUGGAGUUUUGAAAUGAUUUUAUGAGUUCAUUCCAUGUGUCAUAUUUUUACUGUUUCUCUGAUUUAGAGCGGGCAACAGGCCCAAAUAAUUCUUCUGAGCUUUUGUCUUUAAACAAAAUUUAUUUUCUUACAUUUUGAUGAUCUUAAGUCAGUACCGAUUCUGAAGUAUUGUUAAUACUAUUUUAUUCCCCUUAUUACAGAGUAAAUUACAGUUGUAGAGUUUUUAAAUUCAAAUAUUCACACUGAAGUUUAUUUUCUUAGGUACAAGUGCUGAGGGAACUCUGUUCAUACAAAAUGUUACCAAUCACUUCAGAAAGUCAUGUCUUAGGUUUUCAUACCCAGCUGACCUAUCCUUAUGGUAAACACCCAAAACAUUCUGGGUUGCUUGAAUGCCUUCUGUGGAGCAAGAGGGAGGAAUGAAGAUUCUGUUGUUAUAUCCUCUCUACCCUUGUGCACCAUAUUGCUGCAUUCAGACUGUCAGGAAAUCGGUCAGCUCUGACUAAUAAAGGCAUUUUGUAUCUCUGAAUGAUAAUUCUAUUCAGAACCAGCUCAUUCACUGAACUUCAGGUGAUUAAUCCAAGAUGGCCAAUUGUUGGGGAUUGGCUUUAUUUUUAACUUGGACCUAAAUUAGUUGUGGUAUGUCCUACAUCAAAUAGGUUAUAUGUGGUCUCCUAGAUGUCUACACUCAAAUUAAUCCAGUAAGCAGGCAUUAUCCCUGCUUGCAAUGUAAAGACCUUUUACUUUAGAAUGUAAGUAUUAGACAAUGAUAGAAUCAAUGAGGCAAUCUUUAAAACUCAACUGGGGUUACAUUCACAACAUCUAUUUCCUUGAUGUCCUCCUUACACUGACAGUAUGUGUCAAAAAAGGAUAUCUGAACAGGGACUGAUAAGGAUACAAAAACCCUAGUUGGAAUACAUGAUAUGGCUUGGAAACAUGUAAAAUUCACUUUGGAAAAGCAUCAUGGAGCAUAACUGUGUACGGUUUACAAACACUGUGUAUGUCUCUUACCAUGGCAGAUUCUAUCACUGGAAAACAAAAUAGAAUGAAGUGAAAUGAAUCCUAAAGAUAUUUAAGAAGUUGGGCCAUUUAGCAGAAGGUCAGCAACAAUAAAUAAAAUGUUCAGUUCAUCCAGGGCUAAUGAAAAGAAGCUUUUUUCUUGCCAAAGAUAUUGUUAGGGCUGUUCCCCACUCUGACACUCUGAGUGCAGAAGUUGGGGGCUUCCAAUAGACCUUAAAUACCUUGCCUCUAUAAGCUCUGCUUACAAAAACUCCCCAGAGUUACUGACUUUUGGGAGGCUAGCUGCCACCACCACAUGAAACAAACAAAAAGAAAAACCCUUUCUUCUUGAACCCAGGAAGGAAGCACUUGGACUUCUUCCAGAGGGGUACCCCCAACCUCCUUUACCACAGGAGAUCUUGCAAAACACAGAGAAAACAACUGCAGUCUCUGGUAGCUGACCUCUUAGUUUGAAGCAUGCAUACACAC